AAGAAGAAGAAGAAGAAGAAGAAGAAGAAGAAGAAGAAGAAAAAGAAAAGGGUAGUAGCAGCAGAGUGGAUAUGUCCGACCCGGCGGCACAGGCCCUGCAACCCCGGCUUCUCCAAGCCCAGUCCGCUGGGUCGGCUGGGUCCAAUGUCGCCGGCUCCGGUUCGGGGAGCAGCGACCCGGCCAGACCGGGACUAAGCCAACAGCAGCGAGCCAGCCAGAAGAAAGCGCAAGUUCGAGCCUUUCCGCGGGCGAAAAAGCUGGAGAAACUCGGCGUUUUCUCCGCUUGCAAGGCCAGUGAUGCAUGCAAGUGCAAUGGCUGGAAGAACCCCAACCCACCCACGGCCCCACGGAUUGACCUGCAGCAGCAAGCCGCCAGCCUGAGCGAGCAGUGCCGCAGCUGUGGACAUUCCCUAGCCAAUCACGUGUCCCACCUGGAGAACGUGUCUGAGGAUGAGAUCAACAGGCUGCUGGGAAUGGUGGUGGACGUGGAGAACCUGUUUAUGUCCGUGCACAAGGAGGAGGACACCGACACCAAGCAGGUCUACUUCUACCUGUUCAAGCUGCUGAGAAAAUGUAUCCUGCAGAUGAGCCAGCCAGUAGUAGAGGGGUCCCUGGGCAGUCCACCUUUUGAAAAGCCAAACAUUGAGCAGGGGGUUUUGAAUUUUGUCCAGUACAAGUUCAGCCACUUGGCCCCCAAGGAAAGGCAGACCAUGUUCGAGCUGUCCAAGAUGUUCCUCCUGUGCCUCAACUACUGGAAGCUGGAGACUCCGACGCAGUACCGCCAGCGCACGCAGAAGGACGACGGCACGGCGUACAAGGUGGACUACACCCGCUGGCUGUGCUACUGCCACGUGCCUCAGAGCAACGACAGCCUGCCGCGAUACGAGACCACGCAGGUGUUCGGUCGCAGCCUGCUCAAGUCCAUCUUCACAGUGACGCGGCGCCAGCUGCUGGAGAAGUUCAGGGUGGAGAAGGACAAGCUGCUGCCAGAGAAGCGCACGCUCAUUCUCACACACUUCCCCAAGUUUUUGUCCAUGCUGGAGGAGGAAAUCUAUGGGGAAAAUUCUCCCAUCUGGGAAGCGGACUUCACCGUGCCCGCUGCUGAUGGCGCACAGCUGGGACAUCAGACAGUGAUCAGUCCGGCUGCUGUGUCGGGCUCCUCGGCUCUUUCCAAGGGUUUAAGCGGCGGAUCGUCAUUGGGCGGGCUUGAGGGUCUCGCAGGAUCAGAGCCCAACACAGUAGAGAAGCGUAAACUCCCUGAGGCACUGACGUUGGAGGACGCCAAACGUAUCCGUGUGAUGGGCGACAUUCCCAUGGAGCUGGUCAACGAGGUCAUGAUGACCAUCACCGACCCAGCCGCCAUGCUGGGCCCCGAGACCAAUCUUCUGACGCCAAACGCCGCCCGCGACGAGACAGCGCGUCUGGAGGAGCGGCGCGGCAUCAUCGAGUUCCACGUCAUAGGGAACUCUCUCUCCCAAAAGUCCAACAAGAAGAUCCUGAUGUGGCUGGUGGGACUGCAGAACGUCUUCUCGCAUCAGUUACCUCGCAUGCCCAAGGAAUACAUCACGCGCCUCGUCUUUGACCCUAAGCACAAGACCUUAGCCCUGAUCAAAGAUGGCCGCGUCAUCGGGGGCAUCUGUUUUAGAAUGUUUCCCACUCAGGGCUUCACAGAGAUUGUCUUCUGCGCUGUCACAUCCAACGAGCAAGUGAAGGGCUACGGCACACACUUGAUGAACCACCUGAAAGAGUACCACAUCAAACACAACAUCCUCUAUUUCCUCACCUACGCCGACGAGUACGCCAUUGGCUACUUCAAGAAGCAGGGCUUCUCCAAAGACAUCAAGGUGCCCAAGAGUCGCUACCUGGGCUACAUUAAAGACUACGAGGGAGCCACGUUGAUGGAGUGUGAGCUCAACCCCCGCAUACCGUACACGGAGCUGUCCCACAUCAUCAAAAGGCAGAAAGAGAUCAUCAAGAAGCUGAUUGAGAGGAAGCAGAGUCAGAUCAGGAAAGUGUACCCAGGCCUGACCUGCUUCAAGGAGGGUGUGCGGCAAAUUCCUGUAGAGAGUAUUCCCGGCAUACGAGAGACUGGAUGGAAACCCAGCGCCAAGGAAAAAGUGAAAGAGGUGAAGGACCCUGACAUGCUGUACAACAUGCUGAAGAACCUGCUGGCCCAGAUUAAGACUCACCCGGAUGCUUGGCCAUUCAUGGAACCCGUGAAGAAAUCCGAAGCUCCGGAUUACUACGAGGUCAUCCGCUUCCCCAUCGACUUGAAGACCAUGACGGAGCGGCUGAAGAACCGCUACUACGUGACCAAGAAGCUCUUCAUCGCCGACCUGCAGCGAAUCAUCACCAACUGUCGCGAGUACAACCCCCCCGACAGCGAGUACUGCAAGUGUGCCAACACCCUGGAGAAGUUCUUCUACUUCAAGUUGAAAGACGGAGGCUUGAUAGAGAAAUGAACAAGACAUAGCGGGUGAAAAGUCUGCGUACCAAAGUCACACAUGCGUUUUAUUUAUAACAUUCCGCUUUACGUGGUGCUUCGGAUUCUCAUGUAAAGUCACCAAAAACUGGACCUCGGGGAUUUAAAAGCCACGUUGCCUUCAGUUACUGACACACUUGAAGCGAUCGAGAGAACGACAGCACAACAAGGCUGUGCUCGGUGGAUUAAUCGGGUCUGAUUGCCUAAAUGUUACAAUCGUGCAUCACUGUCACAACACAACGCUUCUUGUCAAACGUUCAGAUUUGUAGUUUUCAUCUCCACAUUGGUUACGACAAAUGUUUUUCCCGACGUCCGCCUGGAGACAAAUCGUUGUGCGUCUGGCUUCAAAAGUUUUGCCGAAACAGUGCUUGAAAUAUGUUUGCUACGCGAGAAUACCCCCGAUUUGCGGCCUUUAAAUACCUGCAUAAAAAUAGUAAAUCAUGUUUUAUUAUAUUCCA